GUUUUGUUUCGAAUAAAAGAGAAGGUUCGGGUUUCUGAGAGGCACCUCAAAGCUCCGCCCCCUGAUCUUCACCUGAGCCCACCCAUCCCCCCUGACCCUGACCAGAGGUCAAAGGGCACCAAGGUUGUGACGUCAGAAAGCAUGGUCCAAUCUGAGCUCCCGCCUGCUGUAGCCACGCCUUUUCAUCUGCAGCAGCAGCCAAUCAUAGCCUGCCGCCGCCUCGCUCCUCCUGUUGGCCCUCUGCCCAGCUCCGCCCCUGUGCCCAUCGUUAGCGCCGAAGACCACGCCCCCUCGCUGAGUGUUGCCCCGGUGGCCACCAGUAACGAGCUGAAGCCCUGCCCCUCCCCCUUCAGGAUGAAACCUGCUGCAGGACUACAGGAGAGCUGGUCCACAACACCCAGAGACUGCAGGCAGAGUUCGCUGAAAUUCCCAUGAAUUUUAUUGAUCCCAAGGAGCUGGACAUCCCCAACUACGGCACCAAGAACCGCUACAGAACCAUCCUGCCCAACCCUCAUUCCAGAGUGAUCCUCAAGUCCAGGACCACCAACGACCCGCUGAGCUCCUACAUGAACGCCAACUACAUACGGGGUUACCUCGGCAGGAGUAAGGAGUUCAUCGCCACACAGGGCCCCAUGGUGAACACGGUCAAUGACUUCUGGCAGAUGGCGUGGCAGGAGGAGGCGCCCGUCAUCGUCAUGAUCACCAAGCUGAAGGAGAAGAACGAGAAGUGCGUCCUGUACUGGCCCGAGAAGAGGGGGAUCUACGGGAAGGUGGAGGUGCUGGUGAACGGCGUCAGAGAGUGUGAACACUUCACGACCCGCAGCCUCACGCUGAAGUGUGGGAAUCAAACCCGCACCCUGCAGCAUUACUGGUACACCUCGUGGCCCGACCACAAGACCCCCGACUCCGCCCUGCCGCUGCUGCAGCUCAUGGCCGACGUGGAGGCCGACAGACGUGCUGCGGACGCUGCAGGACCAGUUAUAGUCCACUGCAGUGCUGGGAUUGGCCGGACAGGCUGCUUCAUCGCUCUGACGAUAGGCUGUCGGCAGCUGCAGGUGGAGGGGCUGGUGGACGUCCUGAGUAUCACCUGUCAGCUCCGAGCCGACAGAGGGGGUAUGAUCCAAACAGGUGAGCAGUACGAGUUCGUCCACCACGCCUUGAACCUGUACGAGUCCCGCCUCUCAGCAGGAACUGGCCAAUGAGCUGCUCCCGCUGCAGGUAUGAGCUCAGCUGUGGGAGUUCACCUUGAGCUGCAGGUUCUGGAUCUGAUGGACAACUAAAUGGGACAGAAGUGGGCGGAGCCAGGGGAGGACAGGUGUACUCCUCCUCCUCCUCCUUCGUGUUUUCUUGAUUUUUACGUGUUUWUAGCAGAAAUCAAGACUUGUUUUCGAUCUUCUCACCUCAUCAUCUAUGAGCUGGAUGGAGUUAAAAAUGCUUCAGAAGCUCAGUUUCACCAACAUCACAGCAGAGAAAACCUCCAAUCACAGUACUGGAUUAGAUUUUAACAAUGAUACAUUUAAAUUUCAGAGUUAUCAAACUAGUUUCUUUAAGCCACAUUCUGACUCCUGAUCCUCCUGAUACGAGCCGGUCCACAGACGUGACGUCAUGAUUUAGAAUCAGGUUUAUCCUGUAAACUGGGUCUGAAUCGUGUUUUUAUUGUUSUAAUGAGCAAAUCAAAACUCAAACUGCCUGUGAGUUAAUCCUGGGUUCAAUGUGACGGGUCAGAGUGUUUUAUCAAAGGAAAAGUUUGUUUUAAAUAUUUGAAGUACUGAAGAGUAUUUACAUCAGUUUUUUUCUGUGUGUAAACAGGACCAUGUGUACAGUUGGUGUUCUUAAAGUGCUAUUAUUAAGCUCCUGUGAGCCRGUACAUCUCAUUCCACUCAACAUAAAGCUCACAUUAAUGAUGCUGAAACUGAGAUUGUCUGGAUCGGACCGGAGAGACAGUAACAUGCACAAAUAUAUUUAUAUAUUUUUAUUUAUAAACAUUGAAGUCGGGUUUCCAGGAACACUACGGCUCAUCUACCACCUCUGGUUCAUCCAUCGACUGACRCUGAGUUUAAGUUAAAUGUUCUUUAAUCUUUGUUUUUGGAUGGAAAUGAGCUCCAUCCAGUCUCCAUGAACUGCAGCAGCUGAAACAACACACACUGCCUCUGACAUGGUAUUGUGUCUGUACAGUACGAUGUGGUACAUGUUGUGUACUUUAUUGUUUAUGAUUGUUGACUGAGCUUUAAAGGGACCCUAAACAGUUUUACUUUCUUAUUGCUCUUAUUUAGGUAGAUGAACAUGGUUUUUUUUAUGUUACAGGUUUGUUACAUGGUACGUACUGGGUUAGACACGGUACGUACUGGGUUAGACACAGGGUACAUACUGGGUUAGACACAGGGUACGUACUGGGUUAGACACGGUACGUACUGGGUUAGACACAGGGUACGUACUGGGUUAAACUCAGGGUACGUACUGGGUUAGACACGGUACGUACUGGGUUAGACACAGGGUACGUACUGGGUUAGACACGGUACGUACUGGGUUAGACAUGGUACGUACUGGGUUAGACACAGGGUACGUACCAAGUUAAUUUCACGAUAUAUAAUGCAUAAUAUUGUAGAACAUCUUAAAUGUUUUAUUUGACUAAUUAGCUCAAUAAGAAAUGAGACAAAGUUUUAAAAACAGAUCUCUCAUUAUUUAUUCCCAUUAAUCUCAUUUAAAUGUGUUUUUAUGUCUACAUGAACUUUUAAUCCAAAUUUAGCCUGAUUUAAUUUAAAUAUUUUUAAACAUUUUUAAUAAGUUACACUAACCUGCAGGUUUGUGAUGUUGUGGUUCAUUAGGGUCCCUUUAAACUGUGGGCAUUACAGAUCAGUCAUAGUACACACAAUGCUGUGUACAUACAGUUUUACUAAUAUACUUAUGAUAAUGUACUACAAACUAACUUGAAUGUUGUUAUGGUCCAGAACAUUAGCCACUGAGUAGUGCUGUAACCUCCUUAUCUACUCUCUUCAUAUAUGUUGUUACCUGUAACCUCUGCAAUAAAAACAGCCAACAUUAAGCUGU